AUGUACAAAUUAUUCAAGGCAAGGCUUGCUGGCCGUGAAGCUGCACGCCAACGCCUCGCGGUUACAGCAUGGGCAAUCCAAGAGGCAAAGCACUACUUAGAUUUUUCUGAGGCGCUCAACGAGGAUAGCAAAAUGCGCCUCAAAUAUUCUGAUGAAGAAUUCCGAAGAGUUAGAGCUGCUCUCACUGGGCGUCACCGUUCAGAGAUCGAGGACGACGGGAACUACCUUCAAGCUGCCUACAAUGACGAGUGCAACACUCUUCGCGCCAUUGCUGCCCAAGCAGACGCAAUGGGAAAGAUUCUGGGCCUGAACGUCAAGAACGACUUACUGUCAUCUAGGGGAGAAUCUUCUCAUCGCCCUCAAUUCACUAGCUCGGCUGAUCCCAGUGAUUCCCAUACGUCCUCCGAUUUAGAUGGCGAUGAUCACAAUGGUACCAUGGAUUCGGACGAUGACGAAGAAUCUGAAGGCCAUGAUGCGUAG